CCUCACACAACUUCUCCCUGAAAAGGCCAAGGAAAGAAAGCACAAGCAUUCGUAUAUAUGACAGUCCCCGCCAUGGCGCUGGAGAUGCUGCUGGACUGGUGCGGCUGGAUGGGCGUCAACGCCCAGAGGUCUCUGCUUAUCCUGGGCAUCCCUGACGACUGUGAGGAAGAGGAAUUCCAGGAGGCUGUGCACGCUGCCCUGUGGGCCCUGGGCCGCUUCCGGGUGCUUGCCAAGGUCUUCAGAAACGAGCUGGGGGCCAAGGUGGCCCUGGUAGAGUUUGCUGAGUAUUUAAACCGGAACUUGAUCCCCCGGCAGAUUCCAGGCAAGGGGGGACCCUGGUCUGUUGUCUUUCUGCCCCAGGCCCCUGAUUCUGAGUUGGACAAUAGACCCGGUCUCCUUGGAGGGCCCCAGGGGCAGGCAGUGGCAGGAGGUGAGGAAGAAGCUGCAGGUGUUUUAGAAGCUUCAGGUGGGGCAGGAGCUGCAGAGGAAGAAGAAGUGUCAGAUGAGGAGGGAGCAGCAGGUGACACGGGGAUUGCAGGUGUGAUAGGCUCUGUGGGUAUGGCAGGAGCGGCAGGUGAGGCAGGAGCUCCAGAUGAGGACAGAGCUGCAGAUGAAGCCGAAGCCUGGGCCCACCAGUGGAGGCAGGCCCUGCAGCCGGUGCUGGAAAACAUGGCCUACCAGGAGCUGAGAACCUUUUCUGGGUUGGAAGGGCCAAACUGUGGCGAAGAGCCCUUUGAGAGCUGGCUGGACCAUGCCAAUGACAUGCUGUACCUGUGGCGCCACAUAUCUGAAGGAGAGAGAAGGAGGCGUCUGGUGGAGAGCUUGGGCGGCUCUGCCUUGGAUCUCAUAUGUGGGGUGCUGGAUGAAAAUCCUGACACCCCUGCACAGGACUGCCUGGCUGUGCUUGUGCAGGUGUUUGGGAACAAGGAUACCCGGAUGACUUCCAGGCUGAAGUUCCUGACUUGCUCCCAGCGGCCUCAGGAGAGUCUCUUUGCGUACGUGAUGCGCCUGGAAAGCCUUCUGCAGGUGGCCAUAGAAAAGGGGGCCGUCCAGUCCAGCAUGGCUGACCAGGUGCGCACCCGGCAGGUGCUGAUGCGGGCCCGCCCGAAUGAGAUGCUGCAGAACAAACUGAGGAGCUUGCGGCUCGAGAGGAGGCCACCUGGCUUCGUGGGGCUGCUUCGACUGAUUCGGGAGACAGAGGCGUGGGAGGCCACCCUGGUUAGAAAUGAGCAACUGGAGGGUGAGGAAGGGGCCCAAGUAGAUGAUGGAGACCCAGCCGCUGCCCCAGCUGGCGCUGCCCAUGGAGAUGCUGCCGAGGCUGCCCUGGCUGGUGAGAAUGCUGAGGUGGCAGCCCCUCUAGGGGAAUCUGCUGCCGAAGGCGGUGGCUCUCCCAGUGCCGAUGAAGCCGAGGCCUCCCCAGCCGCAGAAGGUGCUGCCCAGCUGGCUGCUGACCCUGAAGCUGCUGCUGAGGCCACAAAGGCUGUCUCUGCUACUGAGGAGGCCACCGAGGGCCCCUCUGCCACCCAGGAAAGUGCAUAUCCUCUCAGCCCUGAGGCACUGGGUCAGGCAGGAGCCUCGGAGGCCCCCGGGGGCCCCACCCCAGCCCACAUGGGCAGUGCUUCUGGGGCGGGCCUAGGUGAUCCCAGCUGGGGGCCAGAAACCCCUGCCCAGGCAGGAGACCAGGAGGCCAAGGGGCCUCCCCAGGAGGGGCUCAGGCCUGCCCUGGAGGAGUCAGGAAAUGAUGGUGGGGCUGGGGAAAUGAGCUCCCCCAAGUCCUCGCCGGGCAAAUAG